CAGGAACUAUAGCAGCCUCCCGCUUGAGUAAGGAAUGUUGAGUAUGAUGCAUAGGGAGAAGUGAAGUCGAACAGGGGACAUACGCGCUACAAAGGUCGAAAGAAAGUUUCACGUGGUAAAUGACAUCAUCGCCCAAAGCAGCAAGCACCUCUAUCUGAACCAAAGAACGCGUCAAAGAGGCCAGCAGAGCAUAGCACAAGGCAGCAACAAGACGAUCUCUACAACGUGUCCAUACCCCCAGAACACUUUCAACCCAAUCCUUCCAUCCGCCCAACAAUCUAGAAAGUAAUUGUCCGCUCUACCGCGGCCACGCCCUCUACAAUACUCUCCACCUUCACGAACCACACACAACUCAUAGACCGCUACAGAUCCUCGCAACCUACUCACCAUGCCCCCAAUUCCCAUUCACAAGAACGCCCCCAUCGCACCCACGACCGCCGCAAAAGCCGACGCCAUCACCCCUUCAACCGCCUCUUCAGACCCUGACAACGCUUCCAACCCCCCUCCCACACGCACAUCGCCUGCCUACGCCCCCGCUACAACAACGCAAGAUGCAUCGUCGAAUCCUCCAGCACCACAGCCCGGAGCCCGUCCUGCCGCACCGACAGGCUCAGUCGGAGUAGCAGGAGGAAACGACAGAUAUACACCAGCACCACCACAAGCAGGUGCCGUCCCAACAGCGACUGUCAUCACAACAGAGACACGACAAGCGCCACCGCCGCCGCAGUUCAGUCAUCCUCCGCCUACGGAUUCCAUGUUGGCAGGGAGGUCGACGGUGACGACUACGACGGCUAGCAAACCUGGUCCUACGACGCUCAACUACGGCCCUGCUGCGUCGCCGUUCCAAUCGGCUGAUCAAGCGCAGCCCACGAGGACGAGCUUGGAACACCCACCGGGUUAUGUUCAGGCUAUGGAUAACGCGCCGUAUACUGCUGGAGGAGGCAUUGGUCGGUCGAGCGGAGCGGGAGACGUUGAGGGGGAGGGCGUUGGUGCGCAGGCGUGGAGCAUGCUGAACAAGGCGGGGGAGGCACUGAAGAAGGGCGAGGAGAGCGUGUGGAGAGCGGUUCAGGGUAAGAAUGGGGGCGGAUUUUGAGCACGUGCUUGCUUAUAGAGGCGUUGCAUGAGUAUGGGCAGUCAGGAGAGCAGUGCAUCACUCAUGUUAGAAGCAGUUUGUUCAUACAAAGAAACCCAUGACUUUCUAUAGACCACUAUUUUCCCCAUUGCACCAAGCGAUGAAAAGAGGAAGUACAGCCAGAAACAGAUGAAGCAUUGCAAGCCGGAUAUGA